AAUGUAUUUUUGAUUUUUGGAACUCAAUUCCAUCCACACAAAUAAAAAUUUUAUACCUCGAUGUCUCGGUUUUCUUAUAUCCAAUGAAAAAAAUCACUUGCAGCAUAAAUUCGCGAAAAUGUUCAAGUACAACAAUAACGAUUUUAAAAGUAUGUUAAAAUAAAAAACAUCAAUUAUUUGUUGGGAGUACAAUCAAUAUUGCAUAUAAUUAGAAUUAUAACAUAACUUGAGAUUUCCUAACGCAAUAUAACAGCGAUAAUACAAACGUUUGUAAUUUGUCAACUGUUAAACUAGCCUACAAAGUUUUUUAAUUCUUGUUUUUAAGGGAUAUUAUGGAUUAAAUUAUUUUUUUAAGGUAACAGACUAGCUAUGAGUACUUCUUCAGAGAUCGUGUCUUCCCCUUCUGAAAUAUUGGAUGAUUCAUUGCCAUUCAACCAUUUAGAUGUCAUACAGGAUAUGAUUGAUAUAUCUGCAGACAGAUUAGAAGGCUUACGAACGCAGUGUGCUACUAGUGUUACUCUUACGCAACAAGAAAUUAGAAGUCUAGAAGCUAAACUUGUACGAAUGUUUUCCGAAUUAUUAGUAACAAAAGCACGACUUAAUGAACGAAUUCCAGCAACCGGUUUACCUCAUACCACAGGCAGUGAAUUAAAACAAUGGCUGCGAGUUGUUGGAUUAAGUCAAGAAUCGUUGAAUGUUUGUUUAACUCGCUUAUCAACUCUUGAGCAACUUAUGGAGCAAACGGAUGAUGAAUUGAAACAAAUACUUUGUAACAAUCCAAAUUAUCGUGAAGAAGAAGUUCGCCGUUUAACGAGAGCAAUGCAAAAUUUGAAAAAGUGUAAGGAUCUUUCAAGUGGUAGCAGCAGUUACAACAGUAUUGGUUGUAAAGAACCAAUUACAGAAAACUUAUUUUGGGAUUCUUGGGAUCGCCAUCAUCAUCAUCACCAUCACCAUCGGGGUAGCAUGGGAAAUAUUGGCAUCACAGCUUCACCCCGAACACAUCGUAUGAUAGUCAAACAAGCUAAACAGCAGCAACAACAAGCUCAAAAUAGUCGACAAUCAACACAUAACGAAAACAGUUCUAAGUCAACAUCUGCUAUUAAUUCUACUCCAGAUGAUGCAACAAGUAUGCAAAGUUCCACACUUACAUUAACACUCACACCAUCACCGCCCAAUUCACCAUUCACUCCACCAACAAACACAAAUAAUUUUAGUACAGUUGGUGGUGGCAGUCUAAAUGGUACUCCACAAAGAGUUAAACUGACUGGUACUCCACCCCCAAUGAAAAAGCAUCAAACAUUGUUGAGCAAUACACAACCUUUAACGCCAACACAUGCAACUAAUCAGCAAGAAUAUGGCAUAGCAUUGUCUAAAUCAAAAUCGAAUGAAUUACAAUUUCAUGAAAUGCCGUUUCCAACCGCAAAUUCUCCGCCAUCUCUAAUUUCAUCACAAAGUUCAAAUAAUUCUACCGUACCACGGUCCCGGUUGCAUACAGAUCCCAGCCCAGAUAGUUAUUCUUCUGCUAGCUCAGAUAUAUUCAUAGAGAAUAAUAAUAAUCCAAACAAUCUACAAGUGCCGCGUUCUCCAUGUACACCUAUUGUGCCAUUAGGCAUGGGUCACACUAUAUCACAUCGUUUCACAAAAGUUUUUAAAAUGAUGUCAACAUGUGAUUUAUGUCAAAAGCAAAUGUUUUUUGGCCUCAAGUGUAAAGAGUGCAAAUACCGUUGCCAUAAAGAUUGUGAGCCCAAUGUACCACCUUCUUGUGGUUUACCACGUGAAUUUGUGGACGAGUUCAAAAAAACUUUAAAAGAUCAAGUUGGAUUCUCUGCUAUUAGUCAUAACCAACCAACGGUUAACACAUCUCCUAAUUUAAACACUCUUGGAAAAAAUAGAGCUACUGCGAUACGUAAAAAUAAAUCUGGAACUACAGUUAAUACACAUCCCGACAGCAGUUCCCCUGGUUCCAGCUGCAAUAGCUCAAGUCCUUCAAGCCCAGCACUUUUUAAUUUACAGCAACAAUAUGUCACACAGCACAAUAUUAGUGGUAAUUACAUGACAGGUGCAAAUGUAAUGAGUUCUUCCGGAGGUGGCAGUUCGAGCACAAGUUCCAAUAUGCUCUCAACUCCUUCAUCGUUUCACAAAAAUGCGAGCCAGUUUAAUUUUCCUGAUGUUACUAUCACAUCAAACUUCAAUCAAGCUGCUGGUAGCACAACUCAAACACUUUACUCAUCGCAAAUUAGUGCAAGUGAAUCUCAUGUCGCAGAUUUUGUAACUUCCCCAAAAGACUUUCACGAUAUCACAUCUCUAACGAGUUCAAGAAUCAGUACUAUAAUUGAUAGUCUACCUACAACACAGAUCAACUCAGUUAAUCAAACACAAAACGUUAAUUGCAAUAGCAACACAAACAUAAGCAAUUCAGUAAGUGUCACAACACAUUCUGUUACAAUAAGCAAUAUAGUGAAUAGUACCGGUACAUUUUAUCAGCGAAAACUAAGCUCAGCUGGUGUAGAUAAACGUGGACCAUUCUCCGAACUGUCCGAUACACAUAAAUCGAACGAUAGCGACAAGACAGUUUCUCUUUCUGGAAGUACAUCAGCUAGUACUGAUUCCGACCGAACACCUGUUAGACUCGAUUCAACGGAAGAUGGCGAUUCGGGAAAUUGGCCACGACAAAACUCAUUGUCCCUGAAAGAAUGGGAUAUACCAUAUGGAGAUUUACUGCUGCUCGAACAGAUUGGUAAAGGACGGUUUGGUACAGUUCAUCGUGCUUUAUGGCAUGGUGAUGUUGCAGUAAAAUUACUUAAAGAGGACUAUUUAAACGAUGAUCACAUGCUUGAAGCAUUUAAACUUGAAGUUGCUAAUUUCAAGAAAACGCGGCAUGAAAAUUUAGUAUUGUUUAUGGGUGCUUGUAUGAAUCCCCCAUACUUGGCUAUUGUUACUUCAUUAUGCAAAGGGAAUACAUUGUUUACUUACAUACAUACACGUCGCGACAAAUUCACAAUUAAUAAAACAACUCUUGUUGCUCAACAGAUCUCACAAGGUAUGGGAUAUUUACAUGCACGAGGCAUUUAUCACAAAGAUCUUCGUACCAAAAACAUAUUUCUCGAGAACGGAAAAGUGAUUAUUACAGAUUUCGGCUUGUUUAGUUCGACAAAGUUGCUAUACUGUGAGAUAGGAUUAGGAGUACCUAAUGGUUGGCUAUGUUAUUUAGCACCAGAACUAAUGCGUGCAUUAUUGCCACGUCGUCCAAAUGAAGAGAUUUUGCCAUAUUCGAAAGCAUCCGAUGUUUAUUCAUUCGGCACAGUUUGGUACGAACUCUUGUGCGGAGAAUUUCCAUUUAAGAUGCAACCACAUGAAUCGAUUAUUUGGCAAGUAGGACGCGGUAUGAAACAAACCUUGGCGAAUUUACAAACUUCCAGAGAUGUAAAAGAUAUUCUUAUGUUAUGUUGGUCUUUUCAAGCAGACGAUAGACCCGACUUCCCAAAAUUAUUAACACUUUUAGAGCGUUUACCAAAAAAACGUCUUGCUCGUAGCCCUUCGCAUCCAGUACAAUUAUCUCGUUCUGCUGAAUCAGUAUUUUAAGAAUAAAAAUAGUAAAAUGAAGCAGAUGUGGUUUGCUUUUGAUAGUAACUCUGGUGCUAAGUAAUUUACAGGUAUAAAAUAAAAAUGUGUGCUAAAAAAAUAAAACCAAAACAAAAUGUAAGCAAUGUAAAAAGUUUUCAUAUAUU